AUGGGUGCGGGGGAAGAGAGGAGCACAGGGCUCACCUUAGCCGGCGGCGAGGUGCGGCGGCAGCAGCAGCGGAGCAGCUUGAGCCCACAUGGGCUAGGGCUCGGGUACCAGAGCAAUGGCGGCCACGGCGGCGGCCGGGAAGCUCAGGGAUGGCGGCAGAGGGUUGCUGGAGGCCGGAGGGCUGCCUCAGGCACGGCCCCGAGCGACGGCGGUGCGGGGGUAGGAGACGCGGCUUGCCUCGGCCUGCACAGGUCUGGGGCGGCUGCAGCUGGCCGAGGUGGCGGCGGCGGCCCGCAGGGGCGGUGGCGGCCGGCGGGGAGGCUGCUGGAGCUCCAGGGAGGACGGCCGGGGUGGUCUCAGGUGGUUGCUACGUGA